AUGGCCGACCGCGAUCCCUCACCGACACUCUUGUCGUCGUCCGCACCGCGCAGACCACACAUGUCUAUCACUCUGCCUCGGAACUUCGCGCCUUUGAGCCUCGAUGGCGGCGACGACCCGAAAACUCCAGAUCAGACAUUUGCGGAGCUGAAAUUGCCUCCACCGCCCCAUCAUUCCACUUGUCGUUUGCGCCGGUCGCGAAUUCGAAUGGACAACUUCCAGGCGCGUAACAACGCCCUGCCAGCAACGCUCUUUGCUUCUGACAUUCCCGUUCCCUCCAGUACUCACUCGCUACCAAAGGAACCUGAAUUUGUGGAUGCCGACUUUGCUCUGCCGUCGAUUGAAUUGCACGGUCACUUGGGUAGACCCAUCUACAACCACAGUAUCACCGAUCCCUCCCCCAGCGAGAGAUUGAGGCUGUCUGCGUUGAGAGACUCCCAGCUUCCACGGACGCCCAUUGCUCAGACCAAGAUCGUUCUGCCAGAUUACAAGAGCGGUGCUUGGGAUAUGCACAGGUCCGCGUCAGAAUGCUCGCUCCGGUCGGACUCGUCCUUCACAUCGUCCGAGGACACAUUCACCACGCGGCCUACCUCGUUCGAUGGCAGCGCUACAAGCCCUGAGAACGAGUCCCAUGACCCCUUCUCACCGACAAAGGUUAACAUCAUCCCGGACACGCCGUCGAGAAAGAACAAGAAGCUCAAGAUCAACACCAUGCUGUCCAAAGCCAAUGUUCCAUGGAGUAUUGAAAUGGAUAACCAUCUCUUCAACGUCUACCAAAUGUAUCUGGCGGAUCCGACCGUGACUCCAUUCAAGACGGUGCCAGGCAGCAUCCCUCCGACGGGCGUUUGUCAUCGCGUGGCACGGAGAGCGAAAGAGACUUGGCCCCGAGCUUCCAGGGUCAACAAACCUCUCAUUCGACGAUACAAGAUACGAAAUGUCAUCGAGACCCGGAUUACUGCCAGAGACAAGACGCCAGAACCCAAUGACUUUCUGCGGACCGACCACAACGACGCAAGGGGUGCUUGGCCUUCAGAAUCAGCCACGAGGAGGCGACUGAAACAAUUGUGCAAGGAGAAGUUCACCAUCACUGCCCACUAUCAGCGAUUGCGUGAAUCUAGGAGCCCGUCCCCCUUCCAUGAACAGUUCCCGCGCCGACCGUCUUCUCGAGUGUCUCAAUCGGUUUCCAAUCAAGACCCGCAAGCAUCCACCACCUAUGCCACCCGGGAACUAGGGAUAUCGCUCGUUGCUAGUGGCGCAACUGCCCCUCUGGCGCAGCUGGUGACGGGAGAGUCGCCUCCAACCCAACAGAUGUCGGAUGACUGGUUCAAUACCCCGGUCAACGCCUCCUCCGAGACCAUGUCGCUCUCCACCCCUGCCGGUUUAGGGAUCCAGUCGCAGCCUGAAAAAUUACAAGUCGCCAGCAAUAUUCCCCGCUUGGCUUCGCCAUUCAAUUACAGUACUUGGAAUGGAUCGGGUAACUCCAACACCCAGCACCGGCGCCACAUUAGCCACCAUCACUUUGACACUGUUCACGCUACCGGGACACGGCUGCUCUCUCCGUUCAAGCUCGAGUCGGAGAGCUCCCUCAAUGUCAACAAACGACGAGCUCAGCACAACCUCGAGGACGAGUUGAGUCCCAGUGGGAGCAACAUUGAAAAGCUCAAUGUCGACCUCAAUCGACUGCCUGUCCCGACUGUGUUUGAGCCUGAGCCACAAGCUCGGCCGGAGCUGGUUUUCACGGGAGCAGGAGAUCUCAAUCAGCGGCGAAUCCGAGUUCGAAAUCGCGGUGCGACGUUGGGGGCAGUAAACAACAGAGAACACGUCGAGCGGCUCUUUACUCCACCCACCUCUCAGUUCCCGGGCGCUGAUGGAAUUCCGCCCGUCCCACCGUUGCCCGCCUCUUUGACUGCUUUGGCAAAACCCAAUGUGCGGUCGAGUUCUGGUGGGCUCGCCCCGCCCGAGCCGGAUUCGACCCAGAAGCGACUAGGCAGCCCAUUCGAGCUGGAUCCUAACAAGCGAAGCUACCGCACCAAAAACCCCCGACACGUCCCGAGUUUGAGUGACCCUUUCAUCAGUACGAGCGCGUUUGCCACGACACCAAGUCAUGGACACAACGGGUUGAGCAUUGGAGAACGACUGGCCAUGUUUAAUACUUUUCAUACGCCCCAUUUCCCGCGACAAAUGGCUAAUUCGCAACCAAGGGAUGAUCCAUUUGCUUGA